GUGCCUAUCUCAGCUCCUGGAGACAGAGAGAAUGACUGUACAUGUAGUGAGGAGUCCAGUGGCUCAGCUGUGAUUGCUGUGUCAGCAGUAUCCCUCAUGCUGAUCAUCACUCUCACCACAGUCAUCCUCACUCAAUGUCUACUCAUCUUCAGAAUGAGGAGGUCUAGGAACAAGACUGAGACCUAUGCAGAGGCCACUAACCCUACCACCAAGACAACUGAUGUUCCUGUCUCUCCUAAUGAGGCAUAUGCUCUGACCAAGAUAACCAGCCAAAGGGAAGAAGUUACCUAUGAGGUGGUGAAAUGACAGAAGAAAGCAAAGAGUAAACAUAAUAGCUUACUUAGUGGCUAAGUUUUUGUGCUUCGUUACAGAAGAAUGUAGUUCACUUUCAUCAAUGCACUUCCACUAGCAUAAACAAUCACCCACAAAAGUGUUUGCUUGUUUGCA